AUGUUUCCGAUUUACAGUUUAUCCCCUUCGGAUACUUCACACGGUUUGAAAAUGAUGAAAACUCAAACACUCGAAGAAUUGGAAAACUCACCCUUCAAAUUUUUCGCCGUCGAUAAUUGGACCAGUUUGGGAGUUAAUAGUGAGUUUUGCUAACUUUUUGGGGAUUUUGUUGGAAAAAAUAAAAUUAAAAUUUUUGGGCAUACGGUACACAAAAACAUUUGUGUGCAUUUUCAUGUUUACGGUGUGGUGUUUGCAGAAAAAUGCAAUAGUUAAAAAUAGAAGUCACGAUUUUCCAAAUUUACCACGUCUUAAGUCAUCUUCGAAAAUUAAGCCUAAAGGCUUGGGACCAUCAAAAUUCAUAUAUCAAAAAUUCUUUUUUUUUUAGAUGGCGCUGAACUUCGCGCACCAAACUUCUGGGGUUUCAUCAAUUCGAUCUUCUUUCCAACUGUGAUGUUCUACGCGAUUUUAUGGUAAGUUCUUCUUUUCUAACCUUUCUAAAUACAUAAAAAUUCACAUAAAAAAUUGAAAAAAAAUAAUUGGCCAAUAAAAAAUUCUUCUUCCUCUUCAAAAAAAAAGAAAAAAUAAAUAAAUAAUUAUUUUGAUUUCAGGUAUGCAGUAAAUACACUAGUCACAAUGCACUGUUUUACAAGUUUUCAAGAAGGAAUCAAACGAAAACGUCUCAUCAAUUUGACAACUUCACUUAUUCAUUCAUCGGUUAGUUUUUAUUUUUACUUGGGUUUUUUUUCGAUUCCAAUUUUCUCUCGAAAAAAUUGGAAAGGGGAAAAAGUUUGAAAACGGAAACGACAAAACGAAAAGUUCAAUGCAUGCAUAAAAUAAAAUUAAUUCGUUUUUGGGUGAAAAGUGUCAAUCUAGAAAUGCAAUAAAAAUGGGGAACUUUUUGCAGAUUUCUGGAAUUUAUCUGUUCACAUUUUUCUGCCUAAAUACUCGACUAAUGUUUGGUUCACCACUUCAUUAUUGGACUAAUCUCGACUCGCAAAUUAUUAUUUUAUCCAUCGGAUAUUUUAUUUAUGAUGGUUUCGAUUUAUUGGUCAAUGAUAAGUAAGUAAUUUAUUUGAAAUUAAUUAAUUAAAACUUAUCAAUUAAAUUUGUUACAGAAUCUCAAUUUCCACCGGAGUCUUAUUAUUCCACCACGUUGCCUCAAUCUUCGUAUUAUCCAGUUCAAUUUUAUCGAAAAAGUUUCUUCUCUACGCAUAUUGGGCUCUUCUUAUGGAAGUCUCCUCAAUCUUCCUUCAUACUCGAUCAAUUCUUCAUAUUUCGAAAUUAAGUACAACUUCAAUGAUUGGAUUUUCGAAGGUUGUUGCGUGGUUUAAUUUGGUCGCUUUUAUCGUUUUCCGAUUCUUCGUUCAAGUAUUUUUGGUCGGAUGGGCUUGGGUCAAUUUGGAUAAUAUGCAUACGUAAGUUUUGACAUUUUUGUGAUUUAAAUUUGAAAAUUGUGAUUAAACAUUGACAACCUCGAGCUCCAGAAUUCCCAAUAAGAUUUUCUUUUCAUUCGAGAUUUAUCAAACUUACAACUUUUUAAUUAAAAAAAAAUCGAAUUUUCUGUUCACAACUAUGGAAAAAAGUUUUGACCAAUCUCUUGAGGAUAAUUAACUUCUCUCAAAUCCUACCAACCAAAAAAAUCCCAGAAAUUUUGCAGAAUGUUCGCAUUCAUUGCUUUCGGCGGUGGUUGCUGCUUUUUCAUUAUCAAUGUCGGACUUUUCCUUCGUAUUUUACAUUCGGAUGGUUUCUUAUUAUCUUCAGUUGUUUCACAAGAUCGUCUCGAUGCACUUCUCGAAGACAACGAAUAUUCAAAUUCGAGUGAAAAUAUUGCAAAAUCGGAGAAAGAAGAAUUAUUGGAUGUCUAA